GCCAAUGACAAGUUGUAUUUUAAAAUCGUUACAAAUAGACACAAAUAUAAUCGGCUUCCGAUUCUUGUCGGAAAAUUCUAGCCGUAAUUCUCAUAAAUGCAAUAAAAUCGUAUAUUUUUAUAGAUAACCUUCACGAUUGGUCAUCUCAUCUCUCAUCCCUUAUAAAAUUUAUCGCACUUUUCAAAAAUGUGCCCUCAGCUUCUGGUUGGAAUAAUAUUAUUGUUUUUUUUUUCAGGUUAAACUUUAUAGCUCAUAAGCAAAUUCAAUCGUUUGUGUGUGUAUGUUUGUGUAUAGAUUGGCAAAAUUCACCCUGUCUUACUGUUACUUGCUUAUUUGGCAGCCUCUGGUGGGCAGUCCGGCUGGUUGGAGGGAUGCGCCGCGCGGAAAGCUGGGUGCCCUUCCAGCUCGCGGUCGAUGCGCAGAAUUAUCGGAUAGGGACGCAGAUCCACGUGGAAGCGGCGAGCGUUGAAAACCUGCGGCACCAGGCAGCAGUCGGCGAGCGUGAUUUCAUCGCCAACGCAAAAUUUCCCCGCCGAGGUCGACAGGAGCUUCUCGAUCGCCCGAAAGCCACGGGUGAUCCAGUGCUGGGCCCAUUCCUUCUUCUUUUCCUCGCCCACGUGAAUGAGCACGAUCAGAUUCUGGAGCGGCUGGACGCCGGAGGCGAUCACCUGCAAAAGAAUGUAUCACAAAUUAAGAUAGAACAUAACAUCUUGCGGUAGCAGCGGACGUUGGGGCCGCGUCUCUUCCAGAUAAUGCAUAAUUGCCAGUGACUCAACCAACGUAUGGCCAUCUGUAGGGAAAUAGAUUAAAUAAACAGAUUGUGGAUUAGCGUCAUCAUGCGAUUAGGAUGUUAUGAACGCACAGUAAGCAAUACAUUGCAGGAAAUUCAAUUACUUAUCUAGGAAGCAAGAUAUGAUAUGAAUUUGUAGCAACAAUUUUCAGUUGAAAAUUGAUUACAGUUUUCUUAUCAAAAUAUUCGCCAAGUUUUGCUCAUGAAAGUUUCUUCGAGUGGUCUUAUCGAGUGAUUUGGCCAUUAUUCUACCAGAACUAACGGCGAUAGGUGUUUUCAAGAAGUAUUGGUAUAUUUUGUGUAAACUAAUGAUGUUGAGGGUCCUGUUUUUAUUGGGCUUCGGACAGAUGGUUCUUUCUAGCGCGUUCAUCGAAAAGUCCGUCGAAAAUGGCAUACCGUCUGAAGCAACGAAUCGACUGACCGAACUCGAUUAACUCUUCAACAAGCUGCAUUAUGACGUCGAUUACAAACUGAGAAUCUACCGAAUGGAUCACUCAUUACGGUUGAAAAAUCUUAACGCUCAGUUCAUCUCCCGGUACGGCUUCCUGGUGAGUAAUAUCUCAGAAACCAAACAGCACGCCAAGGAUGAAAUUCUGGAGCACGCGCUACAAAUCGGUGGCACCCAGAAUCCAUGCAUCGUGACGAAAUACAACGAGACGAACCGUCGGGCCAGCCAGGUGGCGGAUGAUCUCAGUGUGACGAUGAGGAACUUGGCGACGGACUUGACCCAUGUCACGAGAAAUUUCUUCUACCCAAACGUACUGCGGUAUCAGCUGGAGUCGACCGAACUGCAAUCGGCAGUUGUGCAGAGGCUGGCCCUUCCGGAUGCACUAAUCAAUCUCCCAGAUACGUUGGAAGAUUUGGAGGCUCAUCUUCGCGAGAACGCUGACAUGGUUGACCGUGUGGUGCUCCUUCUGGAUCACGAGGUGGCUGCCUUCGGAGGCAUCAUGAACCGAAUUAGGAGAGAGAUAUUCACGGAGGCCGAUGAGAUCAUGAGCGAGUAUGUUUCAAAUAUGGAUAAGCUGAUAGAAGAAGCGUUGCAGUGUGUUUGAAGAGAAGUUGUAACGGCAGUUGUUUUUAUUCGACUUUCUAAUGCUAGUAUCUGCCAAUGGGUAAUUUAAUCGUCCGUACUUUCUUUUGCGUUCCCCAAUGCUUGUUUUGAACCACUUGUUUGCUCAUGUUUACAUAGAAUCCUGACAAACCAUUUACAUUUCACAUCAAUAAAUACAUAGAAGGCGAAGAACAAACACGUAUACAGAACGAUUGGUAUUCCUACUGACAAUUAUAAUUUCUUUAUGAAACUCUGCUGAUUUACUGAUAAAUCACACAUAUUGAAAAGCAAGCGGCGGGCUCUCAUAAUAAACACCGAAACGAAAUCCACCCUUCGCUGAUCCGCGCUUCUGGAAAGUACGACAAAUUUCAAUAUUAUAGUCCGAGUUUAUUUGUCUCCAGAUAUGAAUCAUAGCAAGGAUUUUCAGAUAUCAAGCAAGCGGAAUAUGUUUACCAGCAUGUAGACAUCUAAACGAUGUAUCUCCACGAGCAGC